AAUCAUUGAAACACAUGAGCAGGCCGGCGUUUUACUAUCCGAAUUCUGUGCCUAGCAACUUAUUUUAGCUCCAUAAACAACUAAAGGACAAAAUGGCUGAGACCGAAAAAAUCGAGGUACGCGACGUGACCCGCAUCGAGCGCAUUGGCGCCCAUUCGCACAUCCGCGGAUUGGGAUUGGACGAUGUUCUGGAGGCUCGUCUGGUAUCCCAGGGAAUGGUGGGCCAGAAGGACGCCCGCCGCGCCGCCGGAGUUGUAGUGCAGAUGGUGCGCGAGGGCAAGAUUGCCGGAAGAUGCAUCCUCCUGGCCGGAGAGCCCAGUACCGGCAAAACGGCCAUCGCUGUGGGAAUGGCCCAAGCACUGGGCACAGAAACCCCAUUUACCAGUAUGUCCGGAUCGGAGAUCUACUCGCUCGAGAUGAGCAAAACCGAGGCUCUAUCACAGGCGCUUCGCAAGAGCAUUGGCGUUCGCAUCAAGGAGGAAACCGAGAUCAUCGAGGGCGAGGUCGUGGAGAUCCAAAUCGAACGCCCCGCCACGGGAACGGGACAGAAAGUGGGCAAAGUGACACUGAAGACCACAGAGAUGGAGACCAAUUACGAUCUGGGCAAUAAGAUCAUAGAGUGCUUCAUGAAAGAGAAGAUCCAGGCGGGCGAUGUGAUCACCAUCGAUAAGGCCUCCGGAAAGGUCAACAAGUUGGGUCGCAGCUUCACCCGCGCCAGGGACUACGAUGCCACUGGCGCUCAGACCAGAUUCGUCCAGUGCCCCGAGGGAGAGCUCCAGAAGCGCAAGGAAGUUGUGCACACCGUGACCCUGCACGAGAUCGAUGUGAUCAAUAGUCGCACCCACGGAUUCCUAGCUCUUUUCUCUGGCGAUACCGGCGAAAUCAAGCAGGAGGUGCGCGAUCAAAUCAACAACAAGGUUCUCGAGUGGCGUGAGGAGGGCAAAGCCGAGAUAAACCCGGGUGUGCUCUUCAUUGACGAGGUACACAUGCUGGACAUUGAGUGCUUCUCCUUCCUGAAUCGCGCGUUGGAAUCUGACAUGGCCCCGGUGGUGGUCAUGGCCACCAAUCGCGGUAUUACUCGCAUCAGGGGCACAAACUACCGCAGUCCCCAUGGCAUACCCAUUGAUCUACUUGAUCGCAUGAUCAUCAUACGCACUGUGUCAUAUUCGGAGAAGGAGGUCAAGGAGAUCCUGAAGAUCCGUUGCGAAGAGGAGGACUGCAUUAUGCACCCGGAUGCCCUGACAAUUCUUACGCGCAUUGCCACGGAUACAAGCCUACGCUACGCCAUUCAACUCAUCACCACAGCCAAUUUGGUGUGUCGUCGUCGCAAGGCUACCGAAGUGAAUACCGAGGAUGUGAAGAAGGUUUAUUCCCUGUUCCUUGACGAAAAUCGUUCCAGCAAGAUCCUGAAGGAGUACCAGGACGACUACAUGUUCAGCGAGAUCACUGAGGAGAUUGAAAAAGACCCUGUUGGUGGAGGUGCCAAGCGUCGUUUGGAGGGCGGUGGAGAUGCCCAGCCCAUGGAGCACUAGGGGCCACUUUAACAUCCCAGCAACCUCCCAGUACAUUCUCAUGAAUAUUUUACGACCAAUAAAUAAGUUUCCUUGUAUCUACGAUUAAUUUGAAUGCCUUUGAUUGCGGUGUUUAUCAGGAUUGUAAUUAAUAAAAAAACUAACAUAAAAAUGGA